AAGUUUCAAACUAGUCUCUAAUCACUCUGGAAAAUAGGUUGGGCUUCUACUGGUCAAUUCCAGAAAGGAACAAAGAAGAAUCAAAAUGAAGUCUGGAUUUGCUGCUGUGGCGUUUUGGGGGGCUGCUCUUUUGUUCCUCGUAGGCGCAUCUGCUCGCGUUCACUCUGGUUUCGAGGAGAACCACCUUUUCCAAGAAGACCUCUUUUCCUGUCUGGGACGAUGCAAUAGGUCUGGUACCGUUCCAAAUGGGUGCCAGUGUAACUCGUUCUGCAUGCAGUACAACGACUGCUGCCCGGAUUAUUACACUCUUUGUUUGGACCCCGGUACAGCCCCCAUCACUAACGCUGAGUUGGAAGCUUUGGCCGAAGAGCUUUACGUACUUGAGGCUACAAAUCCAAACAACGUCGCUGGUUUCGUGACCUGGGAUCUUCAGGGAAGGACCACUCAAGGUUCAACUGUCGAUCUGGCCCCAAGCCCCCUUCUCGCCGUUAAUCCCACCGCAUACACACGCGGAACGGUUGCCCUGCUCGUCGCCCUCCAUGAUAAUUACAACGCUGAUGUCGCAGUUGCCGAGACUGAAACAGCAGCAGAGACCGCAGAAAUCAACGCUUUCCUCGAUGCCGUUCUUGCAACUCCAAUCAUGCAACAACUCCAAACUUUCCUCACGUCGAAAGGAAUUUCCUUGACGAGAGAAAAGUUUCACGAGAUGUGGUUUGGUCUCUACUCGAGAUCCGGAUCGACCCUGGGAUCAUCCGGAUUGGAGCACAUUUUCCUCGCCGAGUUGAAAAACGGUGUCUCCGGAUUCCACAACUGGGUAUUUUUCGCCAAGGAGGAGGAAGCUGGCCGAAUGAAUUACCGUGGAUGGAUGGAAUUUUUGGAUCUUGGACCGCAAGGAGCAAUUGUCCAACACAACUUUAUGUGGCGUAAUGCAAACAAGCCAAUUAGUUCCAUGUUUAUCGGAACUUCGCCCGAAUUUGAAAUGGCCGUCUACUCUGCUUGUUGGUUGACCAGGCCUGAUUCUACAACUUGCCCGAUGUCGUUUGGAAAUAGGAAAGUCCCAGUUACCACAUGGACCAUUGGUUCAAACAAACAAUUCAUUGCUUCGGCGUAUGCUAUGUAACUCAAUGAGUUUACCAUUCAAGUCUAAAAUUUAGUCUCAAAGAAAUAAAAAAGUUUUUGCAUACCGACUUUAAGGCAA